AUGCUUCAUAAGAUUCUCUCUAAGGUAGUAGCAAACAAUCUCCGGGACUUUGGUAGUGCAAGAGUUUCAUUACCCGCCUUCAAUCAAAUUGGCAGAGAAGAAUACUUCUACAAAUCUGCAAAUCUUAUUCACUUCAAUGACUGGAUUGAUGAGGUUAAUGCUGUCAGAACAUACAUGCUUAAGUGCUACCAAGCCGGUAAUCCACAGGCCAUCUACAAGCGAGGACACGAUGGAAAUGCAAUCAUUGUUUCUGGCAAUGUGCAAUUUGGGAUUUCUACAAUGAUAUUCAUUUGA